AUGCCGGGCGACGGCCUGCUGCGGCGGUGGUUUGUCUGCAUGCGCCCGGCGCGGCGUGAGGCACGGCUGGUGCUGUGGGGCGGGGGCACUUGGGGCGCGGAACCGGGGCGGGCGGCGGGGGAGGUGAUGGCGGAGCACGCGGGCCACGUGGUGUGCCGCGCCGACGGGUUCCGCGUCGGCCGCCCCGCGCCGGUGCUGGGCGUUGGGGACCGCCUCGAGGCCGGGCGCACGUACCUCGUCGUCCCCGUCGACCGCCUCCCCUGCGGCGGCGACGGGGUCGUCACCGCGGCGUCGCUCGCGGCGCUCUCGUCGUCGUCGCACUCGAGCGGCGGCGGCAAUGCGGCGGCGCCGUCGCUGGCGCUGGUGGCCGCAGGACGGAAGAGCCCGUUCGAGUACGCCAAAGACGGCGACGGGCGCACCGUGAUCAGGGUCGCCGAGGAGUUCAUCGUCAGGGCCAUCGCGGGUGACGGCGGUGGGGGCGGCGGCGACGGCUGCGGGUCGGCCGCGCUUUGCAGCACGCCGGAGCUGAGGAAGCACUACGAGCAGCUGGUGGGCGCCACGAGGGGCCGGCCGUGGUCGCCGCGGCUGGACACCAUCAAGGAGCGCAAAGGGCGGAGGCUUGCGGACGUCGUCAGCCCCGGCAGGCUGUCGCCGGUACGGCUGCUGGGGAUGGACAAGGACAAGGGGCUUAGUUUCAGCAUCAGCUAG